AGAGAGCCUCCCGCUGUUCUCUCUAGAUAGAAGGGCGAGGCAGACCGGUGAAGGGGCGGGAGGUUUAGACGCCUCUGCUAGCUGGACCUGCGACACCAGAGUGGCUCGGGGCGUCUGCCCGUCCGUAGGCAAUGCCUGAGGCUAGGGAAUCCCCUGGAGAGCCCUGAGAGCCACCUGCACCGCCUUGGAAGGAUCUCCAGAAGUUAGCCCCAAGGGUUCGGAGAAGCUCUCUGCGCUACAAGGGAAGGCUCAGCUUCCAGUGGGAGCCCUAGGGAACAGGGUGUACUUGGGAGCAUGGCAGCAUCAGAUCACCACUGAAAGAGGUGCCAUCCCAGAGAUAACUUCAUCCUCCAACAGCACCCAGCCAUCUUCCCCACGCUGACCACCUAGCUGCCCAACAGCAAAAGCACCCACCACUCUGCCACCGCCUCUCCAAGAUGGCUACCUACUGCUGGCCGGGCACUCUGAAACAGCACUUCUUGCUUAAGAGCACAUCUGCUUUAAGCAUAAAAUGAGUGUGUUCUAUGCUCCAUCUAGCAAGCAGGCACUGACAGAGCCUCUCAGGAGACAACUAUAUCAGACUCCUGUCAGGAAGAACUUGUUGGCAUCUACAUCAGUGCCUGCGUUUGAUGAUUGUAAAUGGGAUGGAUCCCCAGCUAUGGCCGGUGAUUCUAGGAAUGCUAUGAAUCAAGACAUGGAGAUAGGAGUCACUUCCCAGGACCACAAGAAGAUUCCCAAACAGGCUCGGGAUUACAUCCCCAUUGCCACAGACCGCACCCGCCUGCUGACAGAAGGCAAGAAGCCACGCCAGCGCUACAUGGAGAAGACUGGCAAGUGCAAUGUACACCACGGCAAUGUUCAGGAAACCUACCGCUACCUAAGUGACCUCUUCACCACCCUGGUGGACCUCAAAUGGCGCUUCAACCUUCUGGUCUUCACCAUGGUCUACACCAUCACCUGGCUGUUCUUUGGCUUCAUUUGGUGGCUCAUUGCUUAUGUCCGAGGUGAUCUGGAUCACGUGGGUGACCAAGAGUGGAUCCCUUGUGUUGAAAACCUUAGCGGCUUUGUAUCUGCUUUCCUGUUCUCCAUCGAGACAGAAACAACCAUUGGGUAUGGCUUCAGAGUCAUUACAGAGAAGUGUCCAGAAGGGAUCAUACUCCUUCUGGUGCAGGCCAUUCUGGGCUCGAUUGUUAAUGCCUUCAUGGUGGGGUGCAUGUUUGUAAAGAUCAGCCAGCCAAAGAAGAGAGCAGAGACCCUAAUGUUUUCCAACAAUGCCGUCAUCUCCAUGCGGGAUGAGAAGCUGUGCCUCAUGUUCCGGGUAGGGGACCUCCGAAACUCCCACAUCGUGGAGGCCUCCAUCCGUGCCAAGCUUAUCAAGUCCCGGCAGACCAAAGAAGGAGAAUUCAUCCCCUUGAACCAGACCGACAUUAAUGUGGGCUUUGACACUGGUGACGACCGCCUCUUCCUGGUCUCCCCACUCAUCAUCUCCCACGAGAUCAACGAGAAGAGCCCUUUUUGGGAGAUGUCUCGUGCUCAACUGGAACAGGAAGAGUUCGAAGUUGUGGUCAUACUAGAAGGAAUGGUAGAAGCAACAGGCAUGACUUGCCAAGCACGGAGCUCUUACAUGGAUACAGAGGUGCUCUGGGGUCACCGAUUCACACCAGUUCUCACCUUGGAAAAGGGCUUCUAUGAGGUGGACUACAACACUUUCCAUGACACCUAUGAGACCAACACACCCAGUUGCUGUGCCAAGGAGCUGGCGGAGAUGAAGCGGAGCGGUCGGCUCCUCCAGUACCUUCCCAGUCCUCCCUUGCUUGGGGGCUGUGCUGAGGCUGGGAACGAAGCUGAGGCCGAGAAGGAUGAAGAGGGUGAGCCCAAUGGACUGAGUGUGUCCCAGGCCACCAGGGGCUCAAUGUGAAGUCUGUGUGCUACCCAGAGCCUCUUCUUGCCAGACACCGAGGAGCCUGGGAGGCCAGAGAGGCCAAUUAGUUGAGCAAGCUUUGUGGGGCCCCAGGAGUAUGGAAGCUCUACAGAGAGGAAUAGUGUGUCAAGGCCUCACAUCUCCUCCUUGGGGCCUCAGAGAAAGUAGCCUUGCCUAGGCCUCCUGACAAGUGCUUUCUAGGCCUCUGUGAGAGCAUUAGUUGCCUCCAGAGUGGGGCUCCCAAUGAGAGUUCUAGGGUGCCAUCUAUCCUCUGUCUGAUUACUGGAGCCUGUUCACUUUCCUCCCCAAUUCCUGGUCUCCUCAGCACAACACCUGAGACCUUCGGAUCAAGGGAGGUAAUUUUAUCCAUGGAUACUCAGGCCUCCAGCUGGGGAGGCGUUCACAGAGGCCUUCCAGGGGCAAUGCCUUUUAGUCUGAGGCCAAAACCCACUAAUUAAUAGCUUCUUAGCAAGGCCACUUGUUCACCUCUGAUACUACUUAGCGUGUGUUUUCCUCAUCUGUGUCGAGUAGACACUAACACUAUGGCUUACAGGGUAAUUGAUUUCAUUAGAGUGGCCUUAGGACACCAAGUACCUAGGAGCAUACACCAUGUCGUUCUCACUACUGCCUGACACCCUUAGUCAUACUGUGCUCUGUGCUUCAAAGGAGAGCCCCCCAGCAGUUGUACCUUUUGUAAGACUAUUUGGCCCAAGAACUUCAAAGAACCUGUGGAGUGGUCCUGGGGAACAUAUGAAUUUCAAAGAGCCAGAUGAGCCCUUUGGUACUAACACAGGGAUGGCAGACAGGAGAGAGACACAAGGAUAAUUUUAAAAUAAGAUGAUCUGGAGCCUGUAAUCCUAGCGUUUGGCAGGCUGAGGCAGAAUUUCGAAUCUGAAGCCAGGCCAGUCUACACAGACCGCUCUCAAAAAAGCAAGAGACAAAUAACAACCAAGAAAACAUCUGCCGCAGUUGUUGCACGGGGGCUCCUUGGAGAAAAGUAGGCUAUGAAACACAAGUGACAAGUGCCCAUAAAGGCAUCUUCAAGCUGAGCAGCCUUAGGCUGCUACUGAGAUGCCUCUGGGCCUCCCUUCUGUGGAACAGCUCCAACAUGGUGGUGGGACCUAGAGGGCGGGCCCUGAGGACAGGAUGAGAGUUCGUGGGUGACUAGGGGGAGAAGAAUCAAAGAGUGGAGAAGAGCUUUGGGGUCCACAGCCUCACAGAUUUUUCUCUUCCAGUCUAGGUCUGAGGGUCAGGUCAGUGAAGCAUUAGGUUGAAAACAAUAAGCUGUCCUGGUCUUGGGAAUUGGCUUACAUGUUUCCUGACACCUCUACCCCAGUGUUUAUGGCUCUCAACCAGCCUUUGAAAAUAGAAGCACCUUCUUGCCAGGCCCUGGAGAACUUUCUCUGGCAUCUAUAGGGAGGCAAGAAGCUAAGGCAGCCUAGAGAAUGGCUUCCCAACCUCAGGCCUUGUGCCCCUCAGACUGGGUGCCCGGGUCCCUGAGCUCGUAAGGAGAUGGGGUCUGUGAUGGAUUGUUACACUGUGGAUCCCUGCACUUGGCAUCUGCACGAGUCUAGGCCAGUGGGUCUCAACCUUCCUAAUGCUGUGACCCUUUAAUCCAGUUCCUCGUGUUGUGAUGACCUCACAACAUUAUAAUAAUCAUAGCAUUAUUUUUGUUGCUACUUCAUAGUUUUAAUUUUUCUACUGUUAUGAAUUGUAAUGUAGAUAUCCAAAUUUGAAGGAUAUCUGAUAUGCAAUCCCUGUGAAAGGGUUAUCCAACUCCCAAAACGGUCUCAACCCACAGACCUACAGGUUAAGACUGGUCUAGGCAGAGGUGUGUGUGUGUGUGUGUGUGUGUGUGUGUGUGUUGUGCAUGUCUGUGAGUGUGGUAUAUGUGUGGAUGUACGGGGUGGUGUGUAUAUGUAUGUUCGUGUGUGUAUAUAUGGUGUGAGGGUUGGUAAGUAGGUGUGGGAUUGGGUGGAGAUGGUGUGUAUACUUAAGUGUGUGUGUGUGUGUUAUAUGAUGAAUAUGGUGUUUGUGUACAUGCGUGUGGCAUGUAUGAUGUAGCAUGUGUAUGCUGUGGUGUGUAUGUCUUUGUGUGUGAUGGGAAAGGGAGUCCACAGUGAUGAGGUAGGGGGUUAUACAUCUUCUAUGUGGUGAAACAGGUCUAGUGGAGAAUGGAAAAUGAGCAGCCAUCCCUACUCAGGAAAGAAAAUCACCGAGCGGGUCCACAACACCCAAUAGGUAAGCUGCAGGAGUCUAAGGAUGGAGUCUGCUGAUGAGACUAGAGGUCUAGGGUAACAGGAGAUGCAGUCAUUGUCACAAGAGACAGACACUCAGCCUGGCUUUCUAGACCCCAGGCUUAGGCAGGCAGGAUCAGUUCUACUCCUUGGUAGGCCUGUCUUGAUCAGAACUAGCUAGUGCCUACAGGUUAAGACCCUCAGUGAGUCAAGUUGGUAAAGAUAAGAAAUAGCAGGGAAUGAUGCUCUUAUGGCCGGACAGUGGUCUGGCUCCUGUUUCACAAUUGCCUUAUUUGUAUUUCUGAAACAUCCCCCACUUGGCCAAGAGAGAACAGUGGUCUGUGUGAGUCAGGGCCACUGGUGUGUCAAUGAGAAGCUGUGGAGGCUAUCAAAGAAGUGGAUGCACUCCUGAAGAUACCCGAAUGCCAACGCUGAUAUGUACUGGAGUUAGUAAGAUAACAGACCCAAUCAGGUUUCUAUCGUGGUGACCUAAGUGUGAGGGGACUGCCCUUCCCAUCCCAAGGACAUCUCCAUAUCAAUGAACAGUUGAUGUCACUAAAGUUUUAAAAACUCUUCAAAUAAUUUUCUGAAAGUUCUUGACCAAUAAAUUUAAAAUAUAGGUUUAUAAGUCUGA